AUGUCUUUCACCGGAUCUUACUGUUUCGCCGAUAUCGCUAAGGAUCGCUUCAAAUUGCGGGUAGAAGUGCCCAUAAUGCAACCGGCAGACAUCUUUUCACUGCCACCAUCUGGCUACUUUGUGUGCCUUUUGCUAGGAUUCUCGCUGUCAUUUCUUUUUUUCAUGGAUCAAAACAUCACUUCAGCCAUCGUGAACAAUCCUCAGAACAAACUGAAGAAAGGCUCAACGCAAAACCUCGAUCUGUUCGUGGUGGCUCUUCUGAAUGUGUUUUUGUCGGUGUUCGGCUUGCCAUGGAUGCAUGGCGCUCUUCCGCAUUCUCCGUUACAUCUGCGCGCUCUGGCCGACGUUGAAGAGCGUGUCUCGCAAGGGCACGUGCAUGAAGUGAUUAUGAAUGUCCGGGAAACUCGUCUCGCAACUCUGAUCGCUCAUGUAAUGAUACUAUUCUCUACGUAUUAUUUAAUACCAUAUCCUCUUCAAUUGAUUCCCACAUCGGUACUGCAUGGACUAUUCCUGUACAUGGCACUCACAUCGCUGUCUGGCAAUGAGAUGUUUGAGCGAUUACUGCUACUCAUUACUGAGCAGCAAGCCUACCCGCCCACGCAUUACAUUCGAAAGGUUCCUCAACGAAAAGUUCAUCUGUUCACCGCUUGUCAACUUCUCCAACUGAUUAUACUGUGCGCGUUUGGCUUCUCUCCAUAUCCGUUCAUCGAGAUGGUCUUCCCUAUCGUGUGUUUCUUUUUCCUGCCAAUCAGGCACACGCUUAUCCCACGUCUGAUCGACUACAAAUACCUUGACGCACUCGACGGACGCCAUUGA